AUGACUUCAUACAAUACUCUUUCUUUUUUUAUUCACUUAGGGAAACAAGGCAAGAUUGUAGAAUAUUACAAAAAGCAAGAACGACUCCUCGAAGGGUUCAAUGAAAUGGAAACUAUACAUGAAUCGGGUGGUUUACCUGGAAGUCUAACAGAGGAUGAAUUGGAGAACGUUGCGAGGAGUGAGAGGAUGGCAAUUCAUGCGUCCAACAUCGCUAACGUGGUGCUUUUCGUGGCAAAAGUUUACGCUUCUCUCGAGAGCAGAUCUUUGGCAGUUAUUGCGUCAACCUUGGAUUCCCUUUUGGACCUCUUAUCUGGAUUUAUUCUGUGGUUCACUGCCCAUGCCAUGAGAAACCCAAACCAGUAUCACUAUCCUAUUGGAAAGAAGAGGAUGCAACCUGUGGGUAUUAUAGUCUUUGCUUCGGUAAUGGCAACUCUUGGAUUACAAAUACUGCUCGAGUCCAUUAGAGAGCUCAUUUCUCAGUCUCAUCAUGCCCUUGAUCGCGAGAAGGAAAAAUGGAUGAUAGGGAUUAUGGUUUCCGUCACAGUUGUGAAGUUUCUGCUCAUGAUCUAUUGUCGGAGAUUUAAAAAUGAAAUUGUGAGAGCCUAUGCACAAGAUCAUCUCUUUGAUGUCAUCACCAACUCAGUUGGGUUAGCAACAGCUGUCCUAGCAGUCCGAUUCUACUGGUGGAUUGAUCCUACUGGGGCUAUAAUAAUAGCAUUAUAUACGAUGAGCACAUGGGCAAGGACGGUUAUUGAAAAUGUAUGGUCGCUUAUUGGAAGAACAGCUCCACCAGAUUUCCUUACAAAAUUAACAUAUCUUAUAUGGAACCAUGAUGAAGAGAUCAAGCAUAUUGACACAGUUAAAGCGUACACUUUUGGUUCUCAUUACUUUGUGGAGGUGGACAUUGUGUUGGCGGAGGACAUGCUUCUGAGUCAAGCACAUAAUAUUGGAGAAACACUGCAAGAAAAGCUUGAGCAACUCUCUGAGGUCGAACGAGCAUUUGUUCAUAUAGAUUUUGAGUUCACUCACAGACCAGAACACAAGACGAAGGUCUGAUGAUAGUGGGCAAUGGUGGUGACAAUGAUUGAGCUCAGCUGUUCCCCGCGCAGAGCCCCUGAUGAACUUGAAUGAUUUUGUUUAGUAGGUAGCCAAGUUCUCUCUGCUAGUACUAUCGAAUUUGUAUUUGUGUUUGCACCUCUGGAAGCUUUUCAUAUUAAUUAAUGCCGUUUCUCUAGUAUUUGAAUGAAGACAUCUCAGUGCACCAAU